AUGUCGCAAAAGCAAGACCAAGUUAUCCUGAUCACUGGCGCCUCUGGCUUCAUUGCCACCCAUAUUGUGAAGGAUUUCCUUAGUGCUGGCUAUCAUGUUCGCGGAACCGUCCGUUCAUCCGCCACGGCCGAGCUGGUGCGCCAAAGCUUCUCUCAAUUUACAUCUCAAUUGAGUCUCGUGAUCGUGGAAGAUAUGGGCAAGCCUGGAGCAUUUGAUGAGGCGGUUCAAGGUGUUCAUGGUGUGAUUCACACCGCAACCCCAUUCCAAAUCUUCAAUAUCGAGGACAAUGAGCGCGAUCUGCUCCGGCCAGCCAUUGACGGAACCACCAAUAUCCUCAACUCCGUGCUCAACCACGCCCCUGAAGUCAAGCGCGUUGUUAUCACUUCUUCUUUCGCCGCCAUGGCAGACUACAGUAAGGGCUCAUGGCCAGGUCACGUUUACUCCGAAGCCGACUGGAAUAUGACACCAUACGAAGUCGCAGCUGCUAAGGGCGCUCCGGGUGGUCUGGCAUACUCUACUGCCAAGGCAUUGGCUGAACGUGCUGCCUGGGAUUUUGUCAAAACCAACAAGCCCAAUUUCGAUAUCGCAACAAUCAUGCCUCCCAUGGUGUACGGCCCUAACAUCAAUGCCACUGCCAGCCUAGCCAAGCUGAAUACCUCUUCUUCUGAUAUCUACCGUCUGAUUUCACCUCGAACCAAAUCCUCCGAUGAGGUCCCUCAAAACAUGUUCUGGUCAUUUGUGGAUGUCCGUGACGUUUCAAAGGCCCAUCUUCGUGCCUAUGAGGUUCCUGAGGCCGGUGGCGAACGCUUUUUCCUUUGCACCGGCAACUUUACCUAUCAACAGUUUGUUGACGCUUUGCGUGAGAAGAUCCCUGAAAUUCGUGACCGCGUGCCUGUUGGAAAUCCGGGCACUGGAGCUGUCCCUGAGACAGUGUACACCAUCGACAACUCGAAAUCACAGAAGAUUCUGGGAAUUCAGUACCACGCGCUUGAGGAUACCGUUGUUGAUGCUGCACGUUCUCUUUUGGAGCUAGAGAGGAAAUCUGCCUAG